UGUGGAUUCUGUCAUCUGUUUAUUAUUUCAAGAUGGCCGCAAACGUAGACUUUGGUGACUUAUCGAAGUCAAAAACAAAUCAAGCUAGUUGGGUGAAACUGAACGUUGGAGGAAAAAUUUUUCUCACGACAAAGACCACGCUCACGAAGGAACCAAACAAUUUCCUAUCUCGCCUUUGCAACGAGGAGGCUGAUUUACCGACUGAUCGAGAUGAAAGUGGUGCAUUUAUGAUUGACAGAGACCCCAAGUACUUUAGCCCAAUAUUAAAUUACCUAAGGCAUGGGAAAGUCAUCAUUGACAAUGACAUAUCUACUGAAGGUGUUCUAGAAGAGGCUGAAUUCUAUAACAUUCCAUCACUUGUAACCAUCUUGAAAGAAAAGAUCAAUGCAAAUGAUAAAAAGAAUCCCAAGGGACCGAUGAAACACAUUUACAGAGUGUUGCAGUGUCAGGAAGAGGAGUUGGCACACACCAUUUCAAAUAUGUCGGAUGGUUGGCGAUUUGAGCAGUUGUUGAACAUUGGUAGCAACUAUAACUACGGACCUGAGGAACACACAGAAUAUCUAUGUGUUGUAUCAAGAGAUGUUCAUGAUUUAUCGUCAACAACAACAGCUGAUAAACAGCCUUCAAAAGUUUUCCACUUGCGGGGCGGAAGGAACUGAGACAUAUAUUUGCACAUACAGUUUCUCACUCACAUUACGUAAUGUGAUUCAUGUACAAAAUGGAUUAUAACCAAUCAGCAGACUUGGUGAUGUCAAUGCCAAGGAGAACGAAACAAGUUUAAUAUGCUUGUUUUUUAAUCAUCAAAACAGAGUGCUAGUUAAUGUGGACUAUAUAGUACUGGAUCCCUUCACUAGGCUUAAAUAUGUCUAUCAAUUAGAAAUGACAUAUCAUUUAGAAUCCGUUAUCUGUAAGUAUCAAUAGCAAGAAACACGAUAUUUCUUUUGAUAAUACUACAAAACUACUUUUGUGGCAUAUUGAAUCUUGAAAGUUAGGUAAAAUCCAUAAUACACUGUGGAAAAAGUGGCAGUGAAGGAACAAUACAGUUUAGUAUUGAUUAACACAAGAUAUGCAUUCUUUGUUGCACCAUUUACAUGAAAUAAGGUGAUUUGUGUUGUUUUCAUUUUUGAAAGCGUAUGUUACGAAUUCUCGUUUGAUCGUAAAUGAAAUUUAUUUCUAUUGAUUCUAGAUCAUUUUGAUAGUUCAAGCUAAAUAUUGUGCUGUUACCUUUAAUUAUCACAUUUUAUGGCUCAAA